UCGACAGGUGUGUAGCAGGGACUAGCAGCAAUUGUAAUGUCAAUGGGUCAGCCAAAUAUUUCAUUUUUCGAGCUGGGUGUGAAUCAGCCGGUCAUUUUAGACUAGGAGUGUCUGUCGUUUAAUUUUCAUGUUUAUUUUCUCUAAAUCAUAGCGAUGGGAUUUAAAGACAGCAUAUACGACCUGGGUUUUUUGUUUAGUUGACGGCGAAGAAGGUGAUUAUUUGCAGACUGAUCUGCGAAGGCAACUGCAGGGUAUUUCCGAAAAUAUGCGCUGCCAAUGCAAUCCAGGAUUUUCGUGGAUACCCCUAUUUCUAUAUUGGUCUGAAUGAUUUUAGUCAAACGAAGUUCAUUCAGUUGGCAGCUGUUUUAUCCUUUCAGGAAUUGAAUGGCGAUUCACGGCUCAUACGGUACCAUUAUUUCGAUUGGGGAUUGGACAUGGAAUAGAGACAGGUUGGUGAGAAUAGAUUAAGGUAUGAUCGGAACGUGUUUUGCGAUGGAACGAAAAUGGAAAGUCAACAAUACAACCUUCAACGAAAUUAUGGAAACCAAUUCAAUUACACUUGCACAGAACGGCGGGUUUGAAACCAAAGGAAGGCGACAACCAAAUCAACCUCCGAAUUUAGAGUAUAGCAGAGAGCCACCAUAAGUCAUUUGCAUUCUGCUCACGGUGAAGGUUGAGAUGCGGGAGCUCAACAACAAUUCAAUUACACGGGAUAUCCUGAGACCCGACGCUACAAGAACCCACUGAGGGCUCUUCGUUAUACCCCGGCGUGUAAUGGUGUGGCUUCAUGACGCCCUCAAUCUUGUCCUCAUAAAAGCGAAGAACGGUGGGACAGGGCAUCUCAAAUGGGACGUUGCAGUCGAAGCGUCUACACGAGUUACACUUCAAUCUCACAGCUAUAAGAAUUCGAAAAUGGUGGGUGCUACCAAAUGUUUUUCAAAGUUCGUCAUCUUAUUGGCGGUCGUGAUUCUGCUGAGCUGCUGCAGUCCGUCGUCCAGUUUCGCCUUCCUUCCUCACGUCUCACGUACAGAUGAUGCCGUCAUCAUCGACUUUGACGGUGUGGGCUAUGCUCCUGCCUAUCACAACAAAAACUUCUACGGGGAAAUUAUCAAUCCAGGAAUUAUCAGGGUUCCAUCGUUUAAUCAUUACGCAAUGAUGGGGCAGCGUCUACCGUUUUACAAUUGGCAAACUUAUUCAUACGGGCAUCCUAGUCUAAUUGCUCCUGUAGAUGUCGCGUCAACUAGGGAAUCUGGCGAACCUAAUAAUAGGCAGCUGGCCGUAAAACAAGCGAUUCAGUGCGGCCGUGGACCGGCAACCAUGCCGAAAACACGACUCGGGAUCACCGAAAAGAUUACAGGCGGAACCAACACCAAAAAGAACGUCUGGCCUUAUGUUGUAGCCCUGAAAAAAGCUGGUGGCAUAUUUUGUGCCGGAACUUUGAUUAGUGAAACCAAAGUCCUAACGGCGGCCCAGUGCUUUGAAAAAAUGUCUUCGGCUGACAUGUCGUCUGUGACCGUAUUGAUUGGGCUGUAUGCAUCUGACCUAUCCGACAUCCAAAUGACGAGAAGAAUCAGUAAAGUUGUUCUGCACAGCAAAUAUAAUGCCAUCACCUUUGCCAAUGACAUCGCCAUGCUAACACUGGACACGCCAGUGGUUUUAUCUAGAUAUGUUGCACCAGCUUGUUUGCCACCGGCCAGUACAGACCUUAACAACUACGUCGACCAGGAUGCCAUUAUUUUGGGAUGGGGUGGUACUGAUGCUGGUACUGGGGCUGGAACAGGAGCAGCCACUGGAACAGGGGCUGGAACAGGAACAGGAGCAGCCACUGGAACAGGAGCAGCCACUGGAACAGGAGCAGCCACUGGAACAGGAGCAGCCACUGGAACAGGAGCAGCCACUGGAACAGGAGCAGCCACUGGAACAGGAGCAGCCACUGGAACAGGAGCAGCCACUGGAAUAGGGGCUGGAACAGGGGCUGGAACACAAUCAACCACUUGGUCUGGCACUGGAACAGGGGCUGUAAUAGGAGCUGGAACAGGGGCUAGCACUGGAACAGAAGCUGGAACAGGAGAAGGGGCUGGAACAGGUGCGGCCGCUGGAGCUGGAACAGGAACAACCAUUGUGGCUGGUACUGGAACGGGAGUAUUUAUUGGAACCGGGGCUGACAGUGGAACAGGAGCAACCACAGGGACUGGCACUAGCACUGUUGUGGGAACUGAAAGUAUCACUGGAACAAUUAGUAGCACUGGGACUGUAGGUGGUGUUAGUACUGGAACUGGCACUGCUAGUAAUAGUGUUGCUAUAAAUAUUGGGCUUGGUGGUGUAAUUGUUGUUAGUGGCAAAAGGCUUCCACUAGCUACAUCUAGAGCCUCUCUAGCCACUCUCAACCCCUUCCUGCAACAAGCCAAGGUUUCGAUUUUAGCUAAUGAUGAGUGUAGGAUGGAUCCCAUCAUUGGACAAUACGUCAUAGACACCAAUAUCUGUGUCAGUUCUCCCUACAAAUUUUCCUGUUUAGGUGAUAUCGGUGGUCCAGUAUUGGUCCUUUCGUCGCCGGGAAUUUGGACUCAAAUUGGAAUCAACAGCUACGCUUCAGGUGAUUGCGAAAGUAAUAGCCUCCAAACCAGAGUGUCGGCGUUUAAGGCGUGGAUUGAUCUGUACAAGAAUUAAAAAUGGACCACCAAGAAAAUCUACGACGACUAACAUAUGAAACGGAACGAUUAUGGAAUUCAAACUCUAAUUAUUAAUUAUAAUUUUUUUCAAUUCGGUUUCCUUUGACGGGUUUGAAUUGUUUCAUGCCAUAUUAUGUAAGCUGCGGUACUGAAAACAGCAUUUUAUAAUUCUGAAUAAAUAAUAUUAGCACAAGCAAA